AUGGGCAAACUCCAGUCCUUGGGACGGUUUUUCAAAACAUUUUGGGGGAUCAGAAGGAUCCGGAUUCUGUAAUCCUCAUUUUUGCUAUCCAGGACCAAAUCGAUCUGUCUGUUUUUGAGCCGAUUUUCCAGAAAAUAAUUGGAUAGGAUCAUUCUGAUCCGGAUACUACAAUAUCAAGGUCACAGAAUCCAGGUGUUCAGUGCUUUGAACAGGCCUACACCUCGCCAUCUACUGGACAGAUGGAUACAAUAUACAACCUUCUCCGGCAGCACAGACUGGACGCCUACUAUCACAAAUUCCUCUCUUUGGGUGUCCAAGAUGAGAGAGAUUUCACCGAUGGCGUAAAUGGUGAAGAUUUAGACAAAAUGGGUUUCAGUCAAGUAGAGAAGAAUUGUUUUGAAAAAAAUGAAAGAUUUCAUCCGAAGACUCAGAGCGCCACAGCAAGCGAUGCCUGUACAAAAACCAAUGGAGUCUUUCCGACUGUGGUACACAUACCCCCACUGUCCUGAGCUGAAAGAGAUCACAGACAUGGAUCCUGCUACAAACACAGUUGAAGGUCUGAUGCUAAGGAUCUGUCACCAAGAGGGCAUUGAGAACUCUAAAGCUGUGUGCCUCUACACAGUUGAGGGAAUGCCUCUAACUGAUGAUCCUUUCUUCAACACAUGGUCUUUGAAAGACAGGCACAUUGAAAAUGGAAGUGAGCUCUAUGCCAUGUUUACACCCAAGGAGAACUUGAGACAAGCCCUGCUAGUGCCACUGCAAGAGAUGACUGACAUGACAGGAGAGGAUAAUGUUCGAUGCCACAUCAUGCUCAAGGGAGACUUUGAGGUCAAGGUGGACUUGGCAAGUGACACAUUACGAGAUCUGAGACAGAAGCUCUCUGGUGAAAGUGGAAUCCCAGCACAUGUCCUCCAUUACAAACGUGAACGCGGUGGAGUUGGACAGACUUUACUAGAUUGUGGAAUCAAUGAGGAGUCAACAGUGGGCUUUUCUUUGUCCUCCUUCCCUGAUGAGCAUCCAGACACUAUGGAAUUCUACUUCAAUGAUGUCGUAUCCUCAGUGCAACAAUCCCAGAAAGGACUCAGGGCUUUCUUUUCUUCACUUUAUGCCAUUAACGAUAGAGAAGAACGUUCUGGAGAUGGAUUAAACAAAGUGACUGCAUACAUUCGAAAGCUCAGUGGGUGCAAUCCUUUGGCCCAAAGUUUGCAUCGGCUGUUGUGCAGAAAUGAGGUUGGAACAAGGACCCAGAAGGUUGCUAUCGUUGAAGGAUUGUACAAUCUUUUCAGAGAGCUGUUGCCAAGCCUCCACAAAAGAAGAGGUGACAAAAUCAUUGAAGACUCUGAGGUUUUUGAGAAUGCACCAGUGUGCUGGGCCCACCUGUUAUCUGAAGCAAAGAAAGAAAGUUCACAACAUGAGGUCUAUGUACCCAUAGUCUUGUACUCUCAACCUGGAGAACGUUUCUGCGACCCAGUUCGAGUACCUGGGUUACCAGAUGUCUUUGAAAGAGAGUAUGUUCUGCAGAAAAUCAAAGAUGGAGAGAGAAUCCCAAACUGCUCUGUGGAGAUCCUAACAGAGACUUCAAUGUCUAGAGCCUCUGAUGUUGAAAGGAUUUUGCUCAGUCUGCCUCCAUUCAUCAAAACAUUCCCUAAGUGGGCUUCAUCUGGACUUGUGACUGGCCAAAACUUUCAGAUUAUUCUCGAUGACACAUUUGCCAAGAUGAAGGAAAAAGUGAAAGAAUAUGUUAAUCUGACAGUGACUCCAGCAUUACAGUUGAAGGAUGUUGGAGUAUCUGGACCACGUCUGAUUUUCUUGGAAGAAAAUAACCUUGGUGUUUACAUCUGUAAACAAAAAGGAUCUCCUCAGGAUAUCGACGUUUUUGAUUGCUUAGCUAUGAAAUUCAAAACGUUGAAUGUGGACGAGUUGGCAAAUGCAAUGAGAGACAUCAGAAGUGACCUGACCUUCAUGACCACCAGGACUCCUAAAGAGGCCAUACUGGUGCUAGUGGAUUCAAGCUCCUCCAUGAAUGAGUCAUGCUAUGAUUCCGAUGACAAAAUAACACGGUUGGAUGCUGUUAAACAGCUCUUUGAUAACUUCGCAACUAGAAGCAUGGCGUACAAUUUUCAUCAUGUCAUUGGCUUGGUGAAGUUUGACUCCUCAGUUAAAACUCUCCACACAUUUACAGAGACUCUGGAGACCUUCAAGGAACACGUACACAAUCUGGAGGCCAGUGGAUGCACUGUGCUGUAUGAUGCCUUGAAACGUGGCAUGUCUCAACUGAAAAAAGUUGGAGAGCAGUUUCCAGACUGCAGACUUCGCAUCAUAUGUCUCACAGAUGGGAAUGAUGAUGGAUCAAUGACCGAACCAGAUGCUGUCACAACCAAACUGAUGAGCCAUAACAUUGUUGUUGAUGCCAUCGUUGUUGGAAAGGUGGACAACAACGUGCUGCGUGGAAUCAGCAAUGCAACAGGAGGGUGUUGUUUCAAACCAGAGACGAGUAAAGCUGGUCUGAAGCUUUUUGAAAUGGAAACUGUUCUGUCUUUGGAGAUGAGGAAGCUGAAGAAGAAAUUGGACAUAUCCUACAUUAGGAGCGAGAGCAUUCUAGUUGCUCUCUUCGCCAACCGGGGUUAUGAUGAGAAGCCAGAGGUUGCUCUGCCAAGUGGACUAAACGAUAAAGUGACUGGGACAGAGAAUGCAUUGAAAAAGAAGAUCCAGGAAUCCAAGAGCGGACGCUUUUUGGAGAAGGACAAACGCCUUCUGGAAGAGCUGAAGAGCCUGCACUGUGACCCACAUCCAUUCUGCACUGUUUUGCCUUCAGAGUCAGACUUUACGUUUUGGAAGAUUCUCAUGCAAGGCCCUCCUGAAACACCUUACGAGGAUGGAGUCUUUGAGCUGUACUGUCAGUUUGGAGCUGACUACCCCGUCAAACCUCCACUUGUGCGCUUUGUCACACCUGUGUACCACUGCAACAUAAACAGUGUGGGUCGUAUCUGCCACAACAUAUUUGACCGCAGCUACAACGCUCACAUAACCAUGAGAGAGAUCUUGGAUGCUGUAUAUGGAGUGCUCAUCGUUCCUGAACCCCAAGAUCCACUGGACAGUAUUUUGGCAGAGGAAUACCUGACCAGCAGAUGCAAGUAUGAAGAAGAGGCCAAGAAAAACACAGAGGAAGUUGCAGGCCAUUCAUUGGAUGACAUGGAGAAGGAAUUGUUGGGUGAAGAGUUGACUGAGAAGUUCAUACCCUCACACUUGAUUUGUCCACUAACCAACAAGAUGUUUGUUGACCCAGUGAAGAACCAGGAGGGAACCGUGUACGAGCGAAAGGCCAUUGAGAAACAUCUGAAGAGCUUUUACAGGACAUGGAUUGGGACUGAUCCCAAAACAAACAAGUUACUGACAUUAACUGACCUCAAGCCAUACCAAGACAUGAGAAAAAUGGUGAGGGACUAUCGCAAACAGCAACUUCAGGAGACAGAUGUUUAAAACACAAUGUGGUUGCCAAAAUGUAGCAUUCCUGCCUUGUAGCCUACACAUUUUGGUGAAACAUGAUGAUGAUGAUGUUGGAACUAAUGUUACCACACCCAUUGGGUUAUUGAAGUAUGCUAAUAAUUGUAUGUAACCGAUAUUUGUACUGACAUUUCUAGAGGGAAUAGCUCUUCAUUUUCUUGGGGUUUGUACUUGAUUAUAAACUGGGUGGUUCGAGCCCUGAAUGCUGAUUGGCAGACAGCCGUGGUAUAUCAGACCGUAUACCACUGGUAUGACAAAACAUGUAUUUUUACUGCUCUAAUUACACUGGUAACCAGUUUAUAAUAGCAAUAAGGCACCUCUGGGGUUUGUGAUAUAUGGCCAGUAUACCACGGCUAAGGACUGUAUCCAGGCACUCCGCGUUCCAUCAUGCAUAAAAACAGCCCUUAGCUGUGGUAUAUUGGCCAUAUACCACACCCCCUCAUGCCUUAUUGUUUAAUUAUAGCACACUUCAUGUGUAGCUAAUUAAGAUUCAUAUCCAUGGCCAAUUCCUAUUAAACUCUUGUCAAAAAACA